AUCGGCCAUGGGAUAUAUUUAUGAACUUAUGGAUAAGGCAAAAGAGACAAUAAAAUUUAAUUGUGGGGGAGUUGACAGAAAAUACAAACCCAUUUGGAAAAAAAUUGAUUCACGAUGGACUCCACAACUUCAUCAUCCUCUACACGCGGCCGGGUACUAUUUGAAUCCGCAAUUGCGUUAUGAAGAAAGAUUUUCUUAUUGUGAUGAAGUUAGAGAUGGAUUGUAUACUUGCAUGGAUAGGAUGUUGUCUUCUGAUGAUCGUCUUAAAGCAGACAUCCAAUUGGACUUAUAUAAUAAAGCUGAAGGAGAAUUUGGAACUCUAAUAGCAAAACGAACAAGAAUGUUGCGAACUCCGGUCUCGUGGUGGGAACGUUUUGGAAGUAAGACACCCGAGCUUACUACAUUUGCAAUUCGAGUGCUUGGUCUCACUUGUAGUGCUUCGGGAUGUGAAAGAAAUUGGAGCACUUUUGAAUCGGUGAGUAUUCUAAGUUUCUAACUCUACUUGAAUUUUAAUUGUUUUAUAAUUUUCAUAUCAUUGUUUAUUUUUAUAUAUAUAUGUUUUCUUUUUUGUAAUAUUAGAUUCAUACAAAAAAGAGAAAUAGGCUUGAACAUGCAAAGUUGAAU